CAGACUGUAAAACUUGUCUAAGAAUAAAACGUGUAUGAAGAUACAGUAUGUUAAAACAUGACGGACGAGGCGUGAUCAACCUGAGUUGUUAAAGUGGCCAGGUUAUUUUGAGAGAUUUCUGAGCUUCCCAAAAGGAAAAUGCACCACUGUUGAUACAGGAAACAUGAGCUCAAACGUUCAGGAGUUAUUUCAUGAAAAUGCACAGGACUCUCAGAUGAAUGCUCAGCCAUGGUGGAAGGUGAAGCUGUUUGUGUGGGAGCCUGUCCUGUUCGGCACUUGGGAUGGUGUCUUCACCACGUGCAUGAUCAACAUUUUUGGAGUAGUGCUCUUUCUUCGUACCGGAUGGCUUGUAGGAAACACUGGGGUCUUGCUGGGCUUGCUCCUGGUGUCACUGGUUGUGCUGGUUGCCUUGGUGACAGUUAUGUCGGGUGUCGGGGUGUGUGAGCGGUGUACUGUGGGCAGUGGGGGCGUUUAUUCUAUGAUCUCCAUGGUUCUCGGAGGAAGAGUUGGAGGCACUGUAGGACUCCUCUAUGUAUUUGGGCAGUGUGUGGCUGGAGCCAUGUACAUCACUGGCUUUGCAGAGUCCAUAGCCGAGGUGUUGACUGUGCAGAGUGUGUGGGCUGUCCGGGGGAUCUCUGUGGCUGUGCUCAUUGCCCUGCUUGGAAUUAACCUGGCUGGAGUAAAGUGGAUUGUUCGGCUGCAGCUCGUCCUGUUGGCCAUUCUUGCGAUAUCUACUCUGGAUUUUAUCAUUGGAACAUUCAGCCAUUUGGAUCCUGAGCAUGGGUUUGUUGGCUAUUCAAAAGAGCUUCUAUGGACGAACACUCUGCCUGACUAUACGGCUGGCGAAACUUUCUUUACAGUGUUUGGAGUUUUCUUUCCUGCUGCUACAGGUGUGAUGGCGGGGUUCAACAUGAGUUCAGAUCUUCAUAAGCCUGAGCACAGCAUACCUGUUGGGACCCUGGCAGCUGUCUUCACCUCGUGGUUCCUGUACCUUGUGUUUGUAUUCUUGCUGGGAGCCAUCUGUACUAGAGAUGCUCUGCGCUAUGAUUUCUUAAUUGCAGAAAAGGUCUCCUUGGUGGGUUUCCUGUUCCUGUUGGGCCUGUAUAUCUCCUCCCUGGCCUCUUGCAUGGGUGGGCUGUAUGGAGCACCCAGGGUCCUGCAGUGUAUUGCCCAAGAAAGAGUUAUCCCAGCUCUGACUUUUCUGGGACGAGGGAAGGGUCCCAAUAAAACUCCAGUCGCAGCAAUCUGUCUAACAAGCUUAAUCUCCAUGGCCUUCAUCUUCAUCGGACAGGUCAACAUUCUGGCUCCUAUUGUAACCAUUAACUUCAUGCUGACCUACAGCAUCAUUGACUAUUCCUAUUUCAGUGUGGCCAUGAGCUACAAGCUCCAACUUAAGGAAAGAAAGCCUCUCAUUGACAAACCCUGCCCUAAAAAACUACUCGUAAAAAACAGUCACCCAGGUUAUGGCAGCAAUGGUACUCUGAGCAAGACAAGCAAUGGAACUCUGCUUGAGUUUACUAAAGACAUGGACCAGAUAUUUACAUUGCCUAAUCCAGACAGCACAGAGGAAGAGAAAGUCUCCAAUCAUGCAUCCAAGGUCUGGAGCAGGAAAGCAAAGGUUCCUGCUAAAGAAACAUUGAGCAGUAGUUUUGGGCUUGACUUGAAUAGCAACAACCCAUCAGAAAAGGAAAAGGAUGAGAAAGGGCUUGAACAAAGCAUUGGCCUAGAUGAUGAGACCAGCAGUCAGACAGGGCUUAUCGAGUCUGAGCCAGAAGGGAAGAGGAAACUGUCUUUGCCUACUCAAAAUCCUAUUGAGCUCCAUCAGAUACCAAGUGAGACAUCAGACACUAAUGACACCAAACCAAAACUGGAGGGAUUAGAUAUCCGGCCAAUCCCAGAGUCAUGUUAUGCAAAGUUCUGCAAUCACUGGGUUUCCUUAAUUGGUGCUCUGUGCUCUAUUUUGAUAAUGUUUAUUAUCCAGUGGGUCUAUGCCUUGGUGAAUAUUAGCAUUGCCGUCCUACUUUACCUCUACAUUGGAAACACAAGCCCAGGUUUGCCAACAGGUACAGCUGCACGUUUCAGCUUUUUCAACUGGAUAAAGAGUUCUCUGAGUAGCCUGGGCAGGCCAAACCAAGUGCUUCAGGACCAGAUUGUGGUGACACCGUCCUUGUCAGCAGUUGACAUGGAAACAAGACAGCUGACGGAGGAAAAUACAGACUUUGCCCUUCGAGACCGCUACCACCAUUCAUCCAUCAUCACCACCACAGAAGAGAUGGUUCAUCCCAAACUCUACUAACCAGUAGAAAACAGAAGAGCUGAUGAAGUUUACAGUCAUUGUACACAAAUAAAUGUCAAAAUCUAAUCUUAGAUUGCUACCUUUUCUCUAAACCACCUUCAUGACUUUAGGCUUGGUUUUAGGAAAACCGUGCGAACAGAAAAAGGUUCAUUGCUAUAAUCUUGAGAGGGGUCUGAUAUUGAUGUUUAAAUGUGAAUGAUGUUUGUGUAUCGUUUUAACUAUUUCAAUUUGACCCCAGAAUUAAAAUUUAAAAUUAUUUUAUUUAUUCAUUCAUCUUCAGUCAUUGCUUUAUCCUGGUUAAGGAUUGUGCUUGAUCCAGGGAACUCUGGGUCUGAGGUAAGAAUACUUCCGGGUUUCACACAACAUUUAUACACUUAUUAUCCAGGGCAGUAGUUCCCAUCCCUGGACACAUUUUUGUGUUUACCUGCUCUAUCACACCCACUUAAAUUAAGAAAAAGUAAUUAGUUAACUGACUGAAAUCAGGGUCUGUAUUCACAAAGCUUUUUAGAAUUCUCUCAGAGAGCUCCGAUCUUAGACCAAAAAUGAUUUAGGAAACUUCUUGGAGCCAUUCUGAGUAAGGAAAGUACAAAAACCCUUAUCUUAGUGAGGAGGUGUGGUUGACCCUGUUGCUAGGGAUGAUGCAGCAAUUCAAAGACUGCGAUUGGUUGUUAAAAUAUAACCUCUGCCCUCUGUAAAGGCCUUGAAAUGUGGUUUUUGUGAAAAUAGAAUACAUGAUAAUAGAACAGUGAAAUAAUGUUUUUAUAUAAAGAAAUUCUAUAUGUUAAUAUAAAUAUCUUAAAAUUAAUUUAAACAGCCAAAUGUUGAAAAUGUGUCUACUUUUGAAGCAACCACACACAGUUUUUUACACAGUAGUUACUAUAUUUAAGUUCUUACAUUUCUUUACCAUACUAAUUUUAUUACUUGUAAUCCAUUUUAGAUUGAUGGGAGCAAAAUGUCUCACCUUUUACCAAUUUACAUGAUUGCAGGACAGUCUAUUUAAGUUACACUUUUGGAUGGUACAGUAUGUAGCCAACAAUCCAAGAGAGAUGGAAGGAAGUAAAAGCACAAGAAAACCAAAUUGGACAAAAGAUCAGUGUUUACUUUUAGCUUUAUGUUUAGUGCUUGGAGAAUAUUUCUUCUUUCAGCCAUUUUGUCCUCUGCUAUAGAAACUCUUAUGCUUCCUAAAAGUCCUCCUCUCUACUCUUAAUUUUUUUUAUCUUAGGAGCUGUUUUUAGGGCUACAAUGUUUUGUGAAUCAUUUUUAUCUUUACUAAGAUUUAGUCCUAAAUUUCAGGGGAAAUUCUAAGAAAAUGUCAUAAUUCCAAAAAUUUUCUUGAAAUUUUGUCACUAGGACCAACUUUUAGGCUUAAGAAGCCUUGUGAAUACGGGCCCAGGUCUGCAAGAAGCUAGGAGCUAAAAUGUGCAGGGACAGGGGGUCCUCCAGGACCAGGGUUUGGCCCCACUAAUUUAGGUUUAAUCCAAGUUACUUUAGCAAGUGUAACAGAAAACCUAAAGGACAUCCAUAUAGACAAAAGAAGACCUUGUAAAGCUCCACUUAGACAAUAAAUGAAGCUCAGUAGUGAACUGAGGGUCCUGAAGCUGUGCAGCAUGGUUUUUCUUUCACCAUGCCAUGAUUCUUUGUUGUCUCCCAGGGAACAAGAAGGAUGUGGUUUGACAAUUUAGAAGUGCAAUAUAACACGACAUAAUAUAUCCACAAUAUUAUGGUUAGAAUUUUUGAAAUAUUUUUUAGGUUGUUUUUCAAUUAAAUGGGUCUUUAAAUUGUGCUUGUAUGGAUGGUAAAGUUAAUGUUAUUUAUAUUUGCUUCUUUCUAAACUGGUUUGUUGACAUGCAUAUCUCCACAUGCAGCCACCCUACUGUGCCUUUGCAUAUUAAAUUUGCCAUAUUUUGUAAUCUAUAGAAAUAAAGGUUUUGUCUCGCUCUUUUAAUAUCUUCAAAUUCAAAUAAAUUUAUUUGUCUCAUA